GUGGACGAGUAGCGAGCCUCAUCAUCAAAUUCAAUCACACACAGAGUUGGGAAGAGAGAGGGUUUUUCGUUUAGGGUUUUACGAUUCGAUCUUACUCUCUCUCUCUCAUUCAAUCUCUUCUCUAAUUCCUCUUCGUACAAAAUCAAUCACAAGGGUCUUCUCAAAAUGUUGCCCAGAUUAGGUCGACUCGUUACACAAACUUCAAAGCUUCGAUCUUUAACCAGAAAUGAACCGAUGAAAAAUCUCUCCUUUUUCUCGCGAUAUGGGUACGCCACUGUUGCUCCGGCGGAGACGGCGUCUGAUCCUCCACCCCACAAGGAUUUCCCCAGCAAAUCUUUGGUAAACUUGGAUAAGAUGUUUUGGUCAAAGCCAUGUUCGUUGGCUAUACCCAAAGACUCUCCUCUCAGAAUUGAUGAACCAGACUAUGUUGGGAUUCGUCGUUUCAUACUUAAGAUGAUGAUGUUCUAUAGCAAACAGAGCAUGUCUAUCCGUGGGGCUAAUGUGAUCUACAAGCGGAUCAUUGCACAAGUUGAUAAACCAGAAAUCUAUGAUGUAUUCAACUUGGAGAAAACAUUUAAAAUUACAUUUUCGCUGCUUGUCCUUCAUAUGUGGCUUGUUCUACGCCGUUUGAAGGAAGAUGGACAGGAAGGUGUUGACCUUGGUCAAUAUGUCUAUGAGAUCUACAAUCAUGAUGUGGAGCUCAGGGUAUCUAAAGCCGGGGUUAACUUGCUGUUGGCCAAGUGGAUGAAGGAAUUGGAGCGAAUAUUUUAUGGAAAUGUUGUUGCCUAUGACGCCGCGCUACUUCCAGAAGCUAAACCAAAUGAACUACAAAUCAAACUGUGGAGGAACGUAUUUUCUGAUGAUGGAACAACAACACCUGAUAACACGGAUUUAAAAGCAGCACAGGCAAUGGCAAGAUAUGUCCGGAGAGAACUCGGUUCUUUAUCUUUAACAGAUAAAGAGUCCAUAUUCUCAGGCAAUUUCGCCUUCACUCCUUUGGAGAGCAAGCCCCUGUGACUUGAAUGAAAAAGAGGAAGCUGUGGCGCUUUGCGAAUCAAUCUUUCAUUUAUUGCUCUCUUUUUUCAGUUUUUAUAUCCAGCGAAAGAAACAUACACAAGAGGAGGACAUGCUGGUUGUUAGCAUCUAGAUGAUCAUGAAAACAUUAUGAAAGUUAAUAAGAUAACUGAAAUAGAGCAUUCGAUGUCAUUUGUACUUUAA